AUGGAGACGCAGCAGAGCGCACACGGGAACGAGCAGCUCCGGGAGCUCUUCCACGCGACGUACGCGCGUUUGCUGGCGCAGGGCCUCGCGCCGAACGACGCCGUUGCGCGCGCGCUGGCGGAGGUGCAGCAGGUGGCGACCGAGAAGACGGCAGGCGGCGCUGGUGUGACUGGUGCGGUUGCUGAGGUUCCUGUAGUAUCAGGCGACGACGUCGAUAUGGAGGACGCGUCGGAUAGACUGCACGGACAGGACGUGGCCAUGGAGACGCUCGAGGACGAGGCGCCGUCGGCUGACUCGUCUGCUGCAGCUGCCACGAACGUGGGAGAAGCCUUACUAAGUACGGAAGCGGCACUCGAGCCGACGACGCGCUCGUUGUCUCGCUCGGCAUGUCAUACGUCCGCGUCGAAGCACGAAGACGGCGGGCGAUUGACUGCAAAGUGCGCGACGGAGAGCGCGGGGACUCAGCUGGAAAAGGCGCUGAUGCUCGCGCGUGAGACGGACGACUACCGUGUCGUGAAGACUCUUGUGUACCAGAUGUUCUCCGAUCCGGAUGCUCUGGGCGCUGCUUUUGUCGAGAAAGGAGAAGUAGAAGACGGAUCAGAAGAAGACGAUGAUAUGCGGGCACAGUGGUGGCACGUUGAUUGCCACCAGAUGACGCGGGUGUUUGCGCUGCUGAAUGCUGCAAUGACAAGCAGCGACCAGGAAGCGGUGCAAAACACGUUUCGAAACGCACUGGAGACGCUGGUCACGCAGCCGUGGAACGUGUGCUCGACGUGGCACACACCGCGCGCACUGCGCUUUUUUCUCGUGUUGUUCGAGCAUCCGUCGAUGUUUGAUCCGAGCUACUUGAACGUCGUGGGCGGGUUGUGUCGACUGCUGUUCUACUUGCCUGAAGAUGCCAAGGCCCUUAUGCGUGUGCAGUGGACGAUGUUCUUCUCGGCGGAUCAAUUGCAUCGACUGUUGGACAUUUUGCAACAGGCAAUCACAGUGUGUCUGUAUGGCUUGCGGAAAAUGGACCUCGUAUAUGCGGCAUGUGGCGUGCUUGCACAGCUCCAGAUUGUAAAUCGUGAGCGGGUGAAUGGUCACGGGCCGUUUGCUACGUACGAUGAGUUUUAUAAUGAAGCUGUGAAUUCGGAGGUAGACAUUGUGCAAGAUUACUCGCGCUCUAUAAUCUUUUGGAAGAAGCGCCAUAGUGCCGCGCGUGCCGCUCGUCGUUCGGAGCGGGGAGAGCUGCGACGUCGUGGACGGCAGACUGGAGAAGACAGCGAGACUGAUCGUGAGCACGAAGAGCAAGAGCAAGAGCGAGAAGAUGGAGAAGGAGAAGAAGGAGAGGAAAGGGAAGAUGCCGAACCGAUGCCAGAGCGCAUGCUUUCGGAAAUGUCGUUUUGUGAUUUUCCCUUCGUGUUGGACGCAGCUUCGAAAAGCAAAGUGCUGCAAAUCGACUCGGACCUUGAGCAGCGCGCCCGUGCUCAGGAUACAGUGUACGCUCGCUCGUCCUUGUUGACCGAAAGUGCGUUAUCACCUUACUUGGUGCUGAGGGUGCGACGUGAGAACAUCGUCGAGGAUGCCAUGCGGCAGCUAGUGCAUUUGUCGUUGUCAGCAGAGACGCUGAAAAAGUCGCUCAAGGUCAAGUUUGUCGAUGAAGAAGGCAUCGACGAGGGCGGUGUGCGAAAAGAGUUUUUUCAGAUACUGAUUCGACAGCUCCUGGAUCCGGCCUAUGGCAUGUUCACGUAUGACGAGGAAACACGUAUGUUAUGGUUCAACAGCGAUUCACUGGAAGCCACUAUGGAGUUUGAGCUUAUCGGCACAUUGCUGGGUCUUGCCAUCUACAAUGCCGUCAUUCUGGAUGUUAGCUUUCCCCACAUCGUGUACAAGAAAGUAAUGGGCUGCACCGUUGGACUGGAGGAUCUGGAACUAGCAAUGCCGGAUCUCGGUCGUGGUCUGCGGCAACUAUUGAACUUCCAGGGCGACGUGGAGGGAGUAUACCAGCGUAAUUUUGAGUACUCGCACGAAGUGUUUGGCGAGGUCAAGACAGUGGAGCUGAAGCCAGGAGGCAGUUUGAUUCCAGUGACUAGCGACAAUCGCGACGAAUACGUUGCGCUGUACGUGGACUAUGUGCUGAACAAGUCUGUUUCGCGUCAGUACGCUGCCUUCCACCACGGCUUUCACCAGGUUUGCAACCAUGAGGUUCUGAGCAUGUUCCGGUGGGAGGAGUUGCAGCUUCUCAUUUGUGGCAACAGCGAUCUUGACUUCGAAGCACUCGAGGAAGCUACUCAUUACGAGGACGGCUUUGCUGCAGACAGCGAGCUCAUUCGGGAUUUCUGGGUCAUCGUGCACGCACUGCCCCUGGAGGAUAAGAAGAAGCUGUUGCGGUUUGCAACAGGCAGCGACCGCGUUCCCAUCCGGGGUCUCUCGAGUCUUGUGUUUGUAAUUUCCCGCAACGGGCCGGACUCGGAUCGUCUUCCUACAGCACACACGUGCUACAACCACCUCCUGCUGCCAGAGUACAGCAGUCGCGAGAAACUCAAAGAGCGUCUGUUGCUAGCGAUCAGUCAGGCCGAAGGCUUUGGACUGCGGUGA